GAGAACAUUUUGCCUGUGAUCGGAAAGUUAGCACAAUUUUGUGUGUACAUCCGCCUUACUGUGAGCCAAAUGAUUGUAGUGAGCAUGGUGAAUGUUCUAUGGGUGAGUGUGUCUGUCAAGAAAACUGGCUGCCACCAAAAUGUGAUAAGUUAUUUUGUGGGCAGAAUAAUUGCUCAGAAAAUGGAGUAUGUACUUCUGAAGGUUGUGUUUGCUAUCCAGGUUAUUUUGGAGAUGACUGUAAUAAAAGUUGCAGUGAUGGUUGGUUUGGCAAAAUGUGCACAGAGCUUUGCAAAUGCAAAAAUUCUGAUGGCUGUGAUCCUGUUACUGGCAAAUGUAUAUGUAAGCCUGGUUUUACAGGUAGCACAUGUGAGAUGUCUUGCCCUCAAGGUUUUUUUGGUCCAGAAUGUAAGUUUAAGUGUCAAUGUGAGAAUUCAUGUUAUUGUGAUCCUGUGACUGGUGAAUGUAAUAUUUCACGUAAUUCAAGUCUGUAUUAUGUUUCUGUUUGCCUUGCAAAAAGUAUUAUUCAGAAACAACACCUAGUCAAAGAUAAUAUUGAAGAAAGAAGAAAAUGGUAUGUCUGUAUUAUAGUACUUGGAAUUAUCACCUCAUUGUGCCUUGCAUCUUUCCUUUUGGUGAUGUUCUGCUCUUGUUCUUGUUCUUGUCGAAAUGAACAAAUCUUAUGCAACAGAAGGAGAAGGUACAGAAAGUAUCCCUUGCAAAUGCCUAGUGGAGAGUUAUCUGUGUCCUCAUCAGAAGAUGAAUUUAAGUCUUUUCCUUUGAAGAGCUUGCAGAAAAGUUGAAAUUUUUUUGGGGGGAGGGCAUCCUAUAUGUGUGCAUAUGUAGUCUUUCUUCACACACACACCAUUUAUAUAUAUCUUUAAGAUGAACAUAUAUUUUAAAAACUGUAUAGCCCAUUAUUUCAUCCAGUUUCUUAAGCAGUUUAAAUUUCUACUUGCAAGAUAUUUUUAUGAAGAUUUGUUGAUUAAUUACUUUGUCACAUAUGGCAAAAUGUUGCAUAAAAAUAAUUAUUCUGUAAUGUAUUUGUUAUGGUACACAAUUUAUGCUUAAAUUUAUCAAUUUUAUCAAGCAUAACUUGUGCUUUAUUGAAAAAAAGUGCCAUAUUUUAAUUUAGAUGCUAAAUUUUGGAUAGAUGAGUAUUAGUUGGCACCCACUCAUAGACUGCCAACUUUCUGUUCAUGCCUUCUGAACUCUGCUUAAUAAGAAGACAAGUGAUUUCCAUUGAAACAAUUCCUAAUUCAUAUUCUAACUUCUUGCUAGCAGUUACUAACAUCACAUUUUCAUUGUACACCAAAUAAAAAAAGGGAGAUUUCUAGCUCCUGUUCUACUCAGCCAGUUGAUAAAAUUCAGCUUGUGUUGUCUUGAAAGGGCGACUUAGGAUAUGUAUUUGAUUUAUGUAUUCUAAUUCCUGUAUGUCAAUUCUAUACCUCAAAUUAUGUCAAAAAGCCAAGUUUUGUAAAAAUUGCCCAAGUAGUUUUUAAAAAAUUAGGUCUCAAAAUUUUAGCUUCUCAAUAUUGACUGAAUUUGGUAUAUAUUUAUUAAUGUCUCUUUU